AUGUUGUUCGGUGUAAAGUUAGCAAAUGAUAUUUAUCCUCCAUGGAGAGAUUCAUAUAUAAAUUACGAUAAAUUAAAGAAUUUAUUGAAGGAACAACAAGCCUCUAAAAAUUGGACUGAUAAAGAUGAGUCUGAAUUUGUUUCUGUUUUAGAUGAAGAGUUAGAAAAAGUUUAUACUUUUCAAACCAAAAAGUAUCAUCAAGUGAUGGAAAAAUUGAAUAAAUUAGAGGAUGAAACUGAUGACAAUAAUGAUUUAUCUAAAGUUAAUAUGAAAGUUUUCCAUGACAUUUUAGAAACUUGCUUAAACGAAGCUCAAGAAUUGGAUAAUUUUUCUAGAUUAAACUUUACUGGUUUUACCAAGAUCGUUAAAAAACACGAUAAAUUGCAUCCAAAUUAUCCAAGUGUGAGAUCAUUGCUACAAGUAAGAUUAAAAGAACUACCAUUUCACAGUGAAGAAUAUUCGCCAUUGCUAUACAAGAUUUCAUAUUUGUACAAUAUUUUUAGAUGCAACAACCCAAGUUCUGCUUCAAAUAUUGCAAACAGUACCACCUCUGCUCUGGGCUCUAAAUCUUUGGAACAAUCAUUCAAAUUAAAUAGUGUUUCCCAAUCUGAAGAAAAUGUUUACGAUAGCUUUAAGUUUUGGAUCCACCCAGAUAACUUGAUGGAAGUCAAAACUAGAAUUUUGAGACAUUUACCAGUUUUAGUUUAUGCUGCUCCUCCAAACGAAAACGAUGAUUUAAUUGACAGGUUGGAAAGCAAUCUUAUCAAUGGAGACAUCCAUAAUUUUAAUGAAGAUGAAUUGAGUUAUGGUGGUUCUUCUGCAACUUCCUCCGAUGCUGAUAACUCCAAAAAGAGCUUAUUAACUAAUAAUAAGAAUGGUGGUGUUAUUGCUGCUUCCACUUUUGCUAAGGCGGGAAAUGGCAAAGGCAAUGGCACCGCUAAAAAGCGUGAGUCCGGUUCUCGUAGUAAGGCUAAUUACUAUGACCCGGUUAUAACCACCAUUUACUUUGAUAAUACUGACUUGGAAUUGUACAAUGAUAAGUUGUUAAAAACUAACCAAGCACCAACUUUAAGAUUAAGAUGGACAGGUAGAUUGGCAAAUAAACCUGACGUAUUUUUGGAAGAACGUGUUCAUGUUGAGGACAGUGUUACUCACAAUAACGAUUUUGAUGAAACUAGAAUUCAAAUAAAACCAAAGUUUAUCAGUGGCUUUAUUCGUGGUAAUCGCGAGUAUAAGGACAAGUCAGUCGCUAAAUUGAGGGAAAGUGGUAAUCAACAAUCUGAUUUGGCUAAAUUGGAGCAUGACUUUGACUCUAUUCAGUCUUUUAUUACUACUAAAAGUUUAGAACCAGUUUUGAGAGCUAUGUACAUUAGAACAGCUUUCCAAAUUCCGGGCGAUGAUAGAAUCAGGGUCACUAUUGAUUCUGAUAUCUUAUACAUCAGAGAGGAUUCUUUUGAUCAAGACAGGCCGGUUAGAGAUCCAAGAUCUUGGCACAGAACUGAUAUUGAUUCCUCUGUUGCCAACCCAUUAAAAUUUUUGAGAGUUGGUGAGUUUUUCAAGUUUCCGUUCAGUGUCAUGGAAAUAAAGGUUAAAAGACCUGCAGCAGCUUCUCAUACUAACUUUACGUCUCCAGCUUUAUACAAUUCUAAACACAGCAAAUGGAUUAGUGAGUUGACCAAUUCUCAUUUGGUUAAGGAAGUUCCUAAAUUUUCCAAGUUUGUUCAAGGUAUUGCAUCCUUGUUUGGCGAGGAUGAUAAGUUGGAUAUCUUGCCAUUUUGGCUACCUGAUUUGGAAAGCGACAUCAAAAAAGAUCCUCAACAAGCUUACGAGGAAGAAAAGAAAAAAUUAAAAAAACAAAAAGAAGCCGAAAGGAGAGUAAGUAAGUUGCAAAGAUUUUCUGUUGUUUCCUCAUCUGGUACCGGAAAUAUGAUUGCUGAUAAUAUGGCUUCCAAUACCGCUGAUAACACUGAGGCCUUGAAUGUUAGUGCAGACAUUGAAGAUCAUGAGUCUUCAGAGGAAGAAGACGAGUCCAAUAGUGCUAUUGGUGGCUCUAGUUCAAAAAAUAAGAAAAAAACAAAGAAAAAUAAGAAAAACAGACUUGCAAAUCCAAAAUUUUUCCAGGUUUUGACUAAUCCCAAGUUGACUGGUGUUGACUCUGAAGAUGAUGAAUUCGAGUUACCCGCUGGCGUGAAAAAACCUACUCAGUAUUUGAAAAAUGCUGGUCCUGUUAAAGUUGAAGCCAAAGUAUGGUUAGCCAAUGAACGUACUUUUAACAAAUGGUUGAGUGUUACUACCUUAUUGAGUGCUCUAACUUUUUCUAUCUAUAGUUCAGUUAAGAGAGCCGCUUUUCCUCAUUUGGCUGAUACUUUGGCCUAUAUUUAUUUUGGGUUGACGAUCUUUACUGGCCUGUGGUCUUAUAGGACAUUUACUCAUAGAUUAAAUGUUAUAAGAGAAAGAAGUGGUCAGCAUUUAGAUGCCCCACUGGGUCCUCUAUUGGUGGCUCUGGUUGUUGCUGUCACAUUGUGUGUUAAUUUUGUUGUAGCUUUUAGAGAAUCUUAUAAGAAUAGAUAUGGGGAUUUAGUUGACAAUAAUGCUGCUAAUGUAUUUAUUAAUUCUGUUGGUAGUGAAUUGCCAAACACUUUGAAACCUAUUCAAGAAUUUAUCUAUAAAGUAGUUGGUGCUGCCUCUGCCUCUGUUACAGAAAAUUGA